CUUUCGACUUCAAGAAUUAAGAAAUUAAUGAUUGAGAGAAAACAUUGAAAUUGAAAAAAAAAACAGAUAAUUAUAUUCAUGAUAAAAAAAUAUAUUUCACUUAAUUUAUACGUUUAUUACGUUACCAUGUGAAUAUCGAUUCAGAACAUAUUCCAUCGAAUGACCGAGUUUUACCGAGGAUUCUCGAAAAGAAUUGCACAUCAUAAUUAUGUUCCAAUAAGUUGACUUUAUUGUAUAAUUUUACAUAGUUAUAAAUUGACAGUGAAAAAGUAAAAUGAAAAUUAAAAGAAACUUGAAUUCGAUUAAAUGAGAAAGAUUUUUCAUUUAAACAAUCGGAAAAAACAUUAGAUCGAAAAAUAACGAAGAAAGAAGAUAAAAGAAAAAUAAAAGUAAUUGAAACAAUAGAUGACAUCAUCUUCAUUAUUGAUGAAGAUAGAAAGAAAGUAACAAAGUCAGUAUCAGUAGUAGCAAAUGUGAACAAAAGAGAUCUUUUUUGUGUAAUGCAAAUUGAAGAAAGCAAAACUACGAAUAUAUUCUAUCAAAAUAUUCUAUCAAAAUGAUGUUUGAAACAAAGUAAUAUAUUCAUGACACUGGAACAUAGAAAAUUUAGACGCGUGCACGGACUUCAAUUUCCGUUGCACCCUCAACAAGUAAUUGGGUGGAUUGUGAUCUUAAUUAUUGUGGUAAAUACGUUUGUAAUAUUAACGCCACUUCUCAAACCAAAUUUACGAUCAGUUUUCUCAAUUGUUAUUGCUACAAUCUUUUUUACGCAUAUUUGUUCUCAUUUGGCAGUGAUUUUAUUAGAUCCGGCAGAUCCUCGCGUCAGAUCUCAGCCAACAAAUAAAAUUAUACCAGAAUUCGAUCGAAAUAAACAUUCACAUGUAAUUGAAAACGGUAGAUGUCAUCUUUGUAAUAUAACUAUUGAAAGUAAAAGAACAAAGCAUUGUUCUAUUUGUAACAAAUGCAUUAUUCGAUUCGAUCAUCAUUGCAAAUGGCUCAAUAAUUGCAUUGGAGCUAGAAAUUAUUGUGCUUUUCUAAUUUGUUUAAUUUCUGCAAUUCUAGCAAGUUUGUUUGUUACCGGUCUCUCUGUGACAGAAUUAUCAUUGCUGUUAUUCUUUGAUCGAAUAAUAGAUCAACCUGCUACUAAUGUAACUACGAAAAACGCGACUGAUUCUGUAGUUUUAUUUAUCGUUCCUAUUUCGGAUACUACUAUAAUAAUCGCAAUCUCCGCGAUUGGAAUUCUUUCAGCAAUUGUAGCAAUACUUUUACUUCAUUUGUGCUUUUUUCAUGGUUAUAUUGCUUGCCUUGGAUUGACUACAUAUGAAUAUAUACGAAACAAAAAAGAAAAGAAGUCUGUUGCUACUGCAAUUGCUGCAACUGAUACUAUCGCCGCAGCUACCACCACAACUUCUGUCACAACAAAAAUCACUUCUACUGAAAUAAUCACUACCACAGUUACUGGUAAUAACUCGUCAACAUCAGUUCAGCAAAUAGUUCCUGAAUCAAAAAUACAACAUGGUUUUUGUGAGUUUGUUUCUGCUCGUUGUUUCUUAUUAUCAUCUUUCGCAAAUGGCGAAAAUCAAUGUUUUUGUUGCUAUAUAAAUGAUAAUCCAAUCAAACUUGAAAGGAAAUCAAAUCAAAUCGUAAUUCAUUCUCCUUUUUUCUAUGGAGAAAGCAAAGAGAAAAAUUUUCAAUUUUGUUUUUCAAUAUAUGAUAUUUUUGAAUCACAAUCAAAGCAAACAUCAACGGAAAAUUCAACAGAUGUAUCAUCAGAAAAUAUUGAACAAUCGACAAUCACAUUUCGAAAAUGGAAUACUAUUUUACCAACAUCUAUUUUUUGUUGCUCUACUUCACUUAAUUCGAUAGCAAUGCAUUGUACCAAGAAUAUUAAAGCGAAUAUAUCGAAGAAACAAUCUUGCGAUAAACAAAGUUGUGACGAUAUAUCUGAUCAAAUAGCAUAUGUUUCGAUAAAUUCUUAUAAAAAAGUUGAAAGGAUAGGAAAAUUUCUCUGUACAUAUUUAAAUAAAGGAGAAAAGAGAAAAAGAUGCAGAAAGAAAGGAAAAAAUCAAGAGCAAUCAUAUGAUGCGAACAUAGUGCACAUACAAAAAUCGAAGAAAAUAAAUAAAAUUGAUUUGAUUACGAAGGAAGAUUAUGAUUCGUUUAUGAAAAACAUAAUAUUAUUGACAUCAAUCACAGCCUCUUCUUUUAUCAUUUCUUUCCAUAUACUUGUUAUUGUUGUUCCACUUUAUUUAAAAUUUACUCCGUUACAUAAAUCGUCAAUCACAAAAUUAGAUUUACCAGAAUCACAGAAUCAGAUUUCACUUCGAUUGCAAAAAAUGACUGGAUCGUCAACAUACAGAUUUGGAAUAUGUUUCAUUUUUCAAAAAGGACAAACAACUAAAUCACAUAUAUCUAUCAAGCUUUCUCCUAUUUUGGAAUCGGAAUUUCCAAAACCUGCUACAUCACAAUCACACUCUUCUUUAUCAUCAUAUUCUAAGUAUUCCUCUUAUUUAUUAAUAUCAUCAUUAUCUACGUCUCAAUCUUUUUCAUCUCCACGAGUUGUUGGUGAUAAAUUCUAUCUUCAUGAAAAAUAA